UUUUAUUUUCAAUGACUACGGUUUUAAUUUAUAUAAAAACUGUGAUUUAAUUUAGUCUGUCUACGGCACUUAAUGAAGAUUGAUUUCUUUAAUAUUUUCUUUCCAAAGCUUUUACAAACAUUAAAAACCGAUAAAAAUAAACUCACUGAAAAAUGUCGUUUUUAAAAACAGAAGACCUUUUAUUUGAAACAAAAGAAUUAUUUGUACCCAAAUUAGAGGAAAUUCAGGAAGUAUUGCAAGAAGCUUUGAGGUCAAAUUUUGAUCAAGUUACAGUUGAGGUUGUUGACUGUCCAAAUUUGAAAAAUGAUCCAUAUUAUUUAGCUGAUUCAGGUCUUUGUGGAUCACCUACAUUAGUUGAAGUAGGUGGACCACCUUAUUUGUUGCCACUUGUGGAUACGUCAAAGAUUUAUGAUAUUACAGAAAUUGCUAAAAGAUCUAUAGGGAAAGAAAGUACAAAUAUAUUAAUAUGUGGUGCUGGAGCGGGACCUCAUAUGAUACAUGAUCAAAAUUGUGAAGGAAUAUACAAUAUGAAAAUUGAAAACAAUGGUUCUAUAAAAAAUUGCAGUUAUCUUGCCCGUGUUGUUGGAGUAGAAGAAAAAUGCGCUUUAGAAAAACUUCCAGAUACUGAAAAAAGAUUUGCUCUUUUAGCAAAUUUAUUUGCGUGUGAAGGCAAACCUGGUAAAGUUUUACGGGUUCAUUGCAAGAAACGAAUUGGUCAAUUAAAUUUUAUUACAAGCAUACGUAUUGCGCUACAAAACUUCUACAAAGAAAAAUGUGUAGGUCUUGGAGGAUUAUUUUUAAUAAAAAGUGGUAUGGUUUAUCAGCAUGUAAUGCGUCACUUUUCAACUACGCCUAUUAAUACUGAAGAUCAAUUAAAUAAUUGGCUAAAAUUUUAUGAAAUGCCAGCUGUGCUUAAUGCUGUUGGAACCUUGAUUACAAAUGAAAACGAUUUAGACUUGCGACUUCAACAUUUUCAUAGUUUUUCUAACACAAAUUGGGGUGGUCAUUAUCAUUAUGAUACAACUCCAGAAAACGUUGAAUACGAGGGUUUUUUUAAUGUUGGAGAACAAAUUGUUCGUGUUGACAGACCAAGGACUACACACAAGUUCGGAAGAGAUUAAAUUGCUUAUACGUUUUUUAGAAUAAACAACUAUAUUCUUAAUACCAUUUAGAAAGAGCGGUAGAUAUGUUUAUUUAAAUAGUAGGUAUGUUUAUUUAAAUAUAAAGAUCUAAGUAGAGGCAUACAAUCAAGUGCAAUUAGAUUUUUUUAAAUGAAUUGUAAAUGAUUUUUGAAGUAAAUAAAACUGAUUUUAAAA